ACAUAAAAAUAUUGUAUUUUCAGCUGUUUAAUGGUAAUGUACUAAAUGGGAACCAUAGAAAUGGCGCCAUUGGUUCGUUGGGCAAAUUCUAUUUAGAAAAUGAUUGGCUGUUUUGGGAGAAACGCCAAAUGUAGUAGGUGGUAAACACCUGCUUAGAUCUUAUGUUCUGAGGCAUCAGUUAACAUAAAUUAUACAAUGUAAUAAGCACAAAGGCUUCAUUCAUAAAGGUCAUGGUAACUGACUGCCAUCUCAUCAAAAGUAUAAGAUCUGAGACUUACCUCAGACAUCAUUUUCAGCGUUUUUCCAAAACACUUAUUUCGCCGUAGGGAUGGCUGAACGAACCCCAGUUAACUCGUUUUUGGAGCACAAGCUGGCGUGCUCUGAGUGACACAUAACAAUUAUAUGUGAAUUUGGUCCGUUCGCCCAAAAAGUGACAUUGCAGCAACUAUUUAUUCUGAAAUGUUUGACCAUAGAGAUGAAGGGCAUAGCUCAGAUUCAUUACAUUUUGUAAGUCGCUCUGGAUAAGAGCGUCUGCUAAAUGAUGUAAAUUUCAAAACAUUAUUUACCCUUAAACUCAAUUGAGCCUUGGGAGAUGACAAUUGGGUCAUUAGACAUAUUUCACAGAAGGGCAACCUGACGACCCGAGGUAAGAAUGACUCAGUUGUAUACCUUCCCGUUGAACGGUGUUGCAACAGCACAGUUCAAUGGCUGAAUAAAGAUUUCUUACUCGGGCUGUUUACAUUAGAACAUUGUCACAGAUCGAUUCUGCUUACUUGGCAACUUAAGGGGUGCCUCUCCUAUAGACACAAAUGCGAACGCAGCUGUCUGGUGUGCUUAGUUUGACUAUGAACCAGCAACAAUUUGCGAGAGGGAUGUCUCGCUUCCUCUUCCGUAAUCUGCGGUAGGAAUUCGUAUCCGCCAAGCCCGGUAACGUCACUUCUCCGGGAAGAGAAGAGCUAAAUACGGAUGCCGACAAGAACGAAUGGAAUAAAAAACAGAUGUAGGACACCAAAUGCCUGCUGACGAGCAGUCUGCCCCCUCUGCUCAAGAUGCAGAGCUGGGGCAGACAGAUCCACAGAAGAAGGUGGACACUGUUAGCAGGGGGGAGAGGGAGGAGGAGCAGCCCGGGCCUUCCAGAGUUCCUCCCCCAAGACAGGGUUACUGCAGCUGCUGCCAGAUACUCUACAACAACGUGGAGCAGCACAUCCUUAGCCCCAGACACAGGGAGGUGGUUCGUAGUGCUCGCACCCACGUCCCUUCUGGAAGCCUGAUGGAGAGAUUCCUAUCGGACGUCAUCCAGCAUCACCCGCACCUCUACAACGACCCUUGCCCCACCCACGAUGACCUGCCGUCUCUGAGCAGCCCGCUGGUUCCGAGGGAGGAGCUAUUGGAUCUCUGCGCCAGCGAUGAUGACGGGGCGUCGCUCGGAACCCGAGAGCACAUGCCCAGCUCUGACGACUGUUCCUGUCAGCUCCUUUACGUACAGGAAGCGGAUGUUGCCUCGGAAACAAGGACCAGCCAACCAGAAGAAGGUAGAGGGGGAAAGGCGGGGUCAGAGAGGUUAACCCCAACUGCUCCAGACCAGGACACAAGACCAAGUUCUGGGGAAGGGACCCACUCGCACACACCUUCCCCUGACCACUUACCAACACACUCCACCAGACCUUGUAGCCAGAAGCAAACCCCUCCUCCGCUCCACCGGAAAGCACACAGGAAGACCAACCGGCGGAGAGGGAGAGGGAGCAACUCCUCCUAUUCCUCCAUCCAUCCCCCCCGCUCCCCCGCUUCUCCACAGUUGUGUGCUACCCCAAUGGAUCAGAGAGACCAGAAAACACCAGAGAACCAGCCUCCCUCCAAGCCGAGGGACCGGACCCCAGACCCCAAGCCCCGGACAGUAAACACUGGCUGGGCCGCGUGGGCGGGGGUGCCCCCCUGGAGGCGGAGGGAGACCCAGAAGGAGCAGGAAUUCUCCAGUGACCAUUCCGACCCUGAGGGGGACACGAUAGAGGAGGUGAUCCAGAGAUACUGCUACGGCCGCAGUCCCACACAACACCACCAGAGGGACCUUAACAUAUGGACAGGGGGGGAGAGAGGGGGGACAGGGGGGGAGAGAGGGGAGCCAGGGGGGGAUAUGGACAGCUUCCACCUUAGCCUCCCUGGCUCACUGGGAGUGGGUUUGGAAUCAGAGGACAGUGAGGACUGGGACACCCCUGUGCAGGUGGCUAUUGGGAGGGGGCAGGAGCGGAGGAAGGACACCCCUGUGGUAGUGGGCUUAAAGCAGGGUGGAGGGGAGCGAGAGGGCAGGGACCUGGCCUGUCUCAUGGAGGUACAGGUGAACAUGGAGGACCAGAUGUACACCAGCCAGCUGGACUCUGCCCUCAACCCUGAGACUAGGACAGCGGGAGAGAGGGGGGAGACAGGGAUGGGGGAGACAGAGGGAGAAAUGGAGCUAAAGGUGGAGGAGAUUCUCCCUGCACUCCCCCACAUCCCUGUGUCCUUUCUGGGGAAGACGUGGACCCAGGUGCUGCUGGAGGACGAGCAGAAGGUGGAGAACAUGGUUCGAGAGUUCCGAAAGGGAAGGUUCCUCUGCUACUUCGAAAGCGAAUCCCUCGCCAGGUACGGGAAGCGGAGCAGCAGCGAUAAGGGGCGUGGCCAGAAAGAGGGGAUGGAAGACAGGGGGGUGGUUCCCCUUGGUGACCAUGACAAUGACGACGACCCAGAAUGCCACAAGAGUGGGAGGGAGGUGCUUAGGCGGAGGAAAGUUAGUAGGAGUUAUCGCCUGGCGUCCAGGUGUCAGGUGGUCAAAGUGAGUCACGGGACACAGACUACAGCAACCGUCAUCCCCACCAUCCGACAGAGAACACUGGACCAGACAGGCAAAUCCCCGGACAUCCUAACGCUGCCCUGUCAGGACCCCAGCGUUGACCAGAAGACCCCAGAGAUAAAGACAAGGCUGUGCUCUCUCCGCCUGCCUGCCUCCUACUCCCGCAUCAUGACCCCCCUGCAGCCCAAAACCACCCUGGUCUAUGUCCUCUCCUCCCCCGAAACUCCUUCCUUCGACCCCAAGCCCCGCCUCAGACCCAUCGCAAGGGGCAACCGUGGCAGGAAGAGGUCAUGUGACGGGGGUGAAAGCGACGUGGGGGCCAAGGUCAAAUACAAAAGGGUUCCUUUGAGGUACUAUGACCCUGCCACCCACCGCAUUCUGAAGACCCCCCAAGGGCUUAAACCUCACCCCCUCCUCCUCUGGCCUCCCCCAGACCCCCCUCAGUCCCACGUGGUCAGACAACUGUUCAGGAGCCUGAGUCCAGACAUCAAUACAGAGAGACAAGGGGGAGAGGCGGGGAGAGAUGGGUUGGGGGGAAGGAGGAGGGGUCGUAGCGGGGGCAGUGUGGCGUCAGGCUCACUCUUAGAGGCAGGGGGGUCAUUUGGGGCUAAAGGUCAGGGUUCAUCUGUUGCAGGGUCAUCUGUGAACACGCCCUUCAGCCAGUCCUCUCUGUCCAAUAGCAGCCGAUUCCUACUGAGCACGCUCUCUCCCGACACAAACUCUAACCCCGAAGUGACCCAGAGCCGGAGUGGGGGUCGAGGAGGAGGGCGACGGAAGUUAAAAACGGACCGACCUCUAACCCCUGAGAAAGGCCACUCUCCUCCAUACAGGCCUUGGACAAGAGGGGGUAGGAGAGAGCGACUACCAGCAACACGCAGCUCAAAAAGGGGGCGACCACCUCAAAUCAGCCCUCCCCCUAAACCUCCACCACCCCAGGACCUCUCUCCCACAGUCAAGCCCAGGAAAGGGCCCUCGAGACGGGUCGCAGAGAGUAAGAAACUCCCCAGGCCCAAAAGCCCAGCCAAGGCCUCAGCUCAGAGAGUGCCUUCGACCCCUCUGAAACAGGCCAUCAGAACACCAAGCCGCCGGUCGUCCCCCGACAAACCCCUGCUCCACUGCCCAACCGAACACUGA